CAGCUCUCCCGCCCCUACUACCAUCGAGGGCCGGGCUGCGGGUUCCCGCUGCCCCGCCGCCCUGGAGUCUUGAAGCGCCGCUCGGGAACCCCCAGCGCUGUGGCGUGGAGGAGGCCCGCGCGGCGUGCGCAAGAAGAUGGCGGCGUCGGUGUCGGCGGCUUCGGAGUCUCAGUUCACGAACAUCCUACCUGAACCAUCAAAGUCUAAUGGAAGUGUGGCUCGGCAUUCUUCAUCUCCAUAUGUAUUAUAUCCAGCUGAUAAGCCUUUCCUUAAUAGUGAUCUGCGACGGUCCCCCAAUAAGCCCACACUUGCCUACCCGGAAAGCAACAGUAGAGCCAUAUUUUCUGCUCUGAAGAAUCUUCAAGAUAAAAUUCGACGCUUGGAACUUGAAAGGAUUCAGGCAGAAGAGAGUGUGAAAACCUUGUCUAGGGAAACAAUUGAAUAUAAAAAAGUACUGGAUGAACAGAUACAAGAAAGGGAGAAUUCAAAGAAUGAAGAAUCAAAGCACAAUCAAGAACUGACAUCCCAGUUGUUAGCUGCAGAAAAUAAAUGUAAUCUUUUAGAAAAACAACUGGAAUACAUGCGAAAUAUGAUAAAGCAUGCAGAAAUGGAGAGGACAUCUGUCCUAGAAAAACAGGUUUCUUUAGAAAGAGAACGACAGCAUGAUCAAACACAUGUUCAGAACCAACUUGAAAAGCUUGAUCUUCUUGAACAGGAAUACAACAAGCUUACCACAAUGCAGGUCCUUGCAGAAAAAAAAAUGCAAGAGUUGGAAGCAAAACUCCGUGAAGAAGAACAGGAAAGGAAACGUAUGCAAGCCAAGGCAGCCGAGUUGCAGACUGGUUUAGAAGCAAAUAGACUUAUCUUUGAAGAUAAGGCAACUUCACAUGCUCCCAGUACUAGAAAAAUAAAAAAAAAGAAGUCGAAACCACCAGAAAAGAAAAGUUCUAGGAACAAUUUAGGAGCACAACCUCAUUAUAGAUUAUGCUUGGGUGAUAUGCCUUUUGUGGCUGGAAAGUCAACCAGUCCUAGCCAUGCCGUGGUAGCCAAUGUUCAGCAUGUCUUGCAUCUAAUGAAACACCACAGUAAAGCUUUGUGCAAUGAUCGUGUUAUCAACAAUGUUCCUUUGGCAAAGCAAGUUUCUGCAAGAAGUAGUAAGACUAAGAAGUCAGUAACACCUCCUUCUUCCAGCAGCAUUAACGAGGAGUUGUCAGAAGUCUUACAGACUUUACAGGAUGAAUUUGGGCAAAUGAGCUUUGAUCACCAGCAACUUGCAAAACUUAUCCAGGAGUCACCAACUGUGGAAUUGAAAGACAAUUUAGAAUGUGAACUAGAGGCAUUAGUGGGAAGGAUGGAAGCAAAAGCCAACCAAAUAACUAAAGUCAGAAAAUACCAAGCCCAGCUGGAGAGACAGAAGACUGAUAAGCAGAAGGAAUUAAAAGCCAACAAAAAGACUCUCAAUGAAGAAGGAAUCAGCAGCAACCGUUCCUCUGGAGUCACAGUGACAAGUAAGAAGGAAUUUGUCAAACUGAAACCUGGAGAAAAAAGCAAGAAAAAUCUUCAGUUAUUGAAGGACAUGCAAACCAUACAGAGUUCAUUACAGCGCAGUAAUUUGUGUUGGGAUUACUGAUUAGUACCAGGUCAUAAAUUUUAUUCAGAUAAUGUGUACCUUACCUUAUCAAUCAGACGUUGACAAUUUACUUUCCUGAUUACAUGCUUGCUAAUGUUGGAAUUAAUAGCACGUCUUAUGGGGCCCAAGCUUAAUUACACAGAUUUCUUGUUAUGCAACAAAGCUAAAUAUGAAACCAUUUUAAUGGAACUAAGAGACUUUACAGCCAGAGAUGCCAUACUUUCUUUGAAUUUGCUAUACUGAUGUACUGAACUUUGAACAAAUAACCACUUUUGUACUUGUGGGUGUGUUUUAAAGUAGUUUCUAUAUAAAUUGCAUUUAAAUUUUCCAAAUACGAGGUUGUCCAUAGAUAGUGUUUGAAAAGUCUCAUUUUUAAACCUUGUAGCAUGAGGUGCCCAUUUCCUCUUUCCCAUAUGACCAUUAAAUGUACUGUUUGAAUAUUGAUGGAGGUUUUCUGUAUUUAAGUAUUUAUAUAUAUUUAAGAGGAUUUUUUUUUUUUUGGUAUUUCGUACAUUGAUCAGUACUAAGUGCACUCAUGUGCUUUUUAACUCAUUUUUAACAUUUUUUAAAACUUCAAGGAAUCAUUUUAAGACAAUUACCCAUGCGAAGAAUAAAAACAUUUUAAAUACUAUAAGCAGUUAAUGAAUUAAGUAAUAGAAGACAAAGGGAUGUUUUGAAGCAUACACAUUUAUAAUUUUUAGAGAAUACUUAUGUGUAAUCAUGUGAUUCAGUUAAGGCAUUGUAGUUUUUAAUCUUGAACCUUAUGAGAAACCUCUUGAAUAUCCGCUUUCUAAACUGUAUAUUGUUAAGUACAGCAAUGUGAACUGUACACAAACAAUUGUCAUUAUGUGAAUGUAAAUUCUUUUGAAUAGAUCAACAUGUUGACUUUUCAUAAAUUUGGUACUGGUCAAUAAAGCAAUUUUUAAGGAAA